GCCGCGCGCUUAUCCAGCUGUAUACUGUACAUGCAUAUAAGGCCAGGCAUAUCGCGAUCGUACGUAAAAAUUAACGUACACCACGCAACACACACGCACACUUUGCUUUUAAUUGUGCACGCGCGGAAAGGUCUCUUUGACGAAGUUUGACCGAAACUGUGUAUCCCUUCGAUUUGUAAAGGAAUUAUUUUUGGAAUUUGACGUACCACUCCCAAUUCUCAUCAUGCCGAAAUCAAGUAUGUCCGGUGUCAGUGUCCCUGAAGAAAUUCAGAAGACAAUUACUGAUUUGAAACAAAAGAAGUUCCAAUAUGCUGUAUUUCAAUUUAAAGACUUGGGGGUUGUUGAUGACAAGAAGGUUGUUGGAUGGACCCAGGUGGCAGUAGGUGAAAGGUUUGAGGGAUGCAGAGGCACCAAAGCUCACCUAACUAUCGAGGAAGACAUAUUACGGACUGAAUAUACCAAAUUCGUUGCAGAAUACAUGGACCCCGAGUCUGCUCUCUUUGUACUCUACGACUUCUCUGUAGUCAAAAUUGACAACGUUAAAACGAAAAUCAUCGGAAUUCAAUGGUGUCCAGACAAUUUGGGUGUAAAGAGUAAGAUGGGAUACGCAUCCAGUGUGGAAGAGUUGAAGAAGGAGUGUCUUGGGCCGACGGUAGUGUACGUGCAAAACGAAUUAAGCGAAAUUGAUUACGAUUCAAUCAUCAAAGAAUUUGCUUCAAAGAAUUGAAAUGCUGACCUGGCAAGCAAGGAGGUUAAGUACAUUUGAUUUUUAAAAUGGGACAUUUAAUAGGAAAAUAUCUGCAUUUGUGCAGUACUGCAUACAAAGUGAAUAUGUUGCGAGUCUGCCAUCACUGACCAUGUUGGGAUCUUGCAAAUAUGACAAAUAAAGCUUCUUAAUUAAAAUCAUUGUCUGUUUUUUGCUUGUUCGGUUCAUUAGCCCUUCGUAGGAAUUAAUGUAGAAUUAAUGUCUGUUUAUUGAUUUGAUAACAUCCCAAGAAGUUGAGGACCAAUUUAAGAAGAAAAGGGAAUUGCUACUGAUGCUUCCCUGGUGAAUUCAAAAGUUUUAUGAACUCUGAAAGCAUUUUGUGUCAACAAACUACAUGCCGGAAAUGCUGGGAAUUAGUGUUGUUGUUGCGUUUGGUUUUCUCACACAAAUUUAAUUACUAGAGGAUGUGGGAUAAUCGUAUCACUUCUUAACACAUUGACAUUGAUUACUUUGUAUACAUGUACAUGUAUCUGUAGAUUUAUUUUGCAGACUUGAUAUUAAUAUAUUUUAAGAGCAUCGAGCCAUUUCAAUGACCAUGUUUGAUUCUACAUGGAGAAACUUAUUGACCUACAUGUAUAACGUGUUCAAUGUAAUAGGGUUUAAUGAUGUACUCUAUAGGCCCCCCAUAAGAAUAAAUGUUAUUACUGUGUCAAUGUCAUGAUUUCAUUUGAAAUGCCAAUAGAAAACAACGUAUCAAUGUAAAUGAGGGCAUAUUUUGCGGGUGGACAGAAAAUUAAUCAAUAUAUGGAAAUUUUCAGCAACAUGGUGGGCUGCUUGUCUGAUAAAAAAAUUUGUUGAAUAGAGGGGGGAAGAAACGUGUCGUUUGUGUUUGGAGAGGAACGUUUGAUUUACCCAUGAAGUUGUUUGCAGUACUUUCAUGAAUGAUACAUUACCAAUUAAAAAGCUUUUAUUUUUUAUAACUGCAAAAGAGCUAUUGCUUUGCUGGCCAUUGAAAUUGAAGAAGAAAAAAGUGUGUCUUGUUAAUCAAAAUGAAAAAAAAUUGGGCAGUCAGUACUCUCAAAGCAUCCUUGCAAACACUUCUGUAGUAGAAAGAUAGAAAGAAAAGGGAAAGUUAUCGUGAAGCAUAGCACAAGGUUUUCUGGUUAUUGUUUCUUGCACACCCAAAUAUUAUCAAAUGUAUUUUAACCAUCUUAGAAAACUGGGGAAUGAUCAUCGGCUUGUCAGAUGAGAUUUGAGUGAAGAAGAAGCGGUUACUAGUCUAUGUAAAUAUAUUUUGUGUUUAAAAAGAAAUACAAAUUUUACCUAUUUCCAUGUAGUGUAAUAAUUCAUCAUGACAUUUACAAAGCUUUGGUCAUUUUCUUUGAUAAUAGGCAAAUUCUAUUAUAAAUGAUGUAUAAUUGUAGUAUAUGCGCUAACAGUGUUAAGAUAUGCAUAAAUAUCCAAAGAUAUUCUUUUUAGUAGAAAUAUCAAAGAACGUUUUUUUUUUUUUUUUUCAAGUUUCAAGGUAUGGAAAAAAAAUUAAAAGACACAGCGAGAAGAUUGUUGACAAUGGGUAUAUAUAUUGUAAGACUUUUUUAUAUUGAAUAUUUGAUCAGUUGUACAAAGUUGUGCUGUCUGAGAAGCAUAUUUGAGAUAGUUUCAUUUAUAUAGUGGUUACAUCAAAUUUUGGGAUAUAAUAGCAUUUUGUUACCCCAUAAACAAGUGAAAUUUUCCUAGUGCUGAUUCAUUGAAAUCAGCAUUACAUGUUUGCUUUUAUUUCAAAGACUUUCAUUUUGUAAGACAGGACAUACAACUGUUGUUGUUUUUAGCAAGAGAAAGGAAGUGUUUAUCUAGAAUGGUUUAUGUUAAUGCAUUGUGCAGUGCCCAAAGCUGUCUAUGAGAUCUGUUUUAAGUAACACUUUUGUUCUCAAUCUGUUCAGAAGAACAUAUUCCAAAUUAAAAGAAAGAAGAAAAAAAACUAUUGAAUGCAGGCUUUCUUUUUUCUUUACUGUAGUCAAACAAUUGGAUAACUGAUAUGUGUCAGGUAAAUUAUCUAGGAAAGGUUUCCCUGUACUUUGGUAAUUUGGUUCUUAUUUUAUUUAUGCUUAAAUUUUGUCUGUAUCACUAGCAAGAGAGUCAGUAAAAUACCACUUUAUCUUCA